GCUUCCAAGACACUGCUAUCAAAAAAAUCCUAUCGAGCGAACUCUGUAUCAUCAAUUCGAACAGAGCUGUAUAAUUACCAGUUGCAGGUACGCUUUCAGUGGGGACUCAAAUGCAUGUUUCCCUUUCAAAUUGAUUGUGCGGCUUGAGUUACUCGGUAAUUUGCGUAUACUUGCAUAGUAAUUUCCCGAGUCAUUUAAGAAGCACAAGCAUGGUUCCUGUCCUACAUCCAGCAAGUGUAGCUCGAGUCCACAUUUGGCAAUUCUCUCUCUCCAACACAGCUACUGCUCGUCGGUCCAGUCCGUUCUUCUGACUUCUGCGUUUGUACAUACUAUUAACCACUGUGAUCGCAACCACUCUUGUGACGACCGGCAAUGCGCUUUCGGACUCAUACGACGAUUCCAAGAUCACAACUUUGAGAGGAGCCGCUACCAAUGCUGCCGUUGGUGAUUCUUUCACAGAGCGCUUGGCGACAAAUGGACUUGCAUCCGAAGAAGAACGUGGUCGUCGCAAAUAAAAAUCGCUACAGAAACGAAAUUGAGGAAGAAACUGAACACGACGAAAAUGAAGGCACCGACGAAGACGUUGAUGAAGUCGAAAAAAACAUCGACGGAGGGACCGAUGAAGACACCCACGAAGGCAUCGAUGCAGAUACCGACGAAAACAUCGAUGAGGAAAACACCGAUGAAGAAACUACCGAUGAAGGUGUUGAUGAAAGUGGCAGUGAAGGCACUAACAUUGACGACGAUGAUGUUAAAGACAACGAAGGUCGUGAUCGGCGCCGCCGGCGUCGUUUUAUCUCACUUUUUGACUGAAACUAGGAUCCAGGACCUUACCACUGUUGGUAGACCAGGGCUACAAACUUUUCAUGCUUCAGCUCUUCUGCUUCCAGCUAUCUGCGUAAAAGUAUGAAAUCAAGUCUUCAAAAAGUUUAUUUUCCUA